ACUUCAAAAUGGCGCCGUCCAAGAAGAAACAUGCCAGUAACAAGGCUUGUAUUAUUCCUGGAGGAUUCGCAGUGCUGUCCUUACAGUUCAGUCCCGACAGUGCUGUUCAGCACCAGCUAUUUGUGAAGGAGCACAAAGUCCGAGCAGAGAAGAGUUCACACAGACCACUGGACCGGACUUUAUUUGUGCUCAACAUCCCCCCGUACUGCUCACAGGCUGUUGUCAAAGAGCUGUUUUCACAGUUCGGCUAUGUUGAGUCUGUGGAGCUCCGAGACCACCCGGGUUCAUCUCAGGAGUCUGGACCCAAGCUGUCCAGGUUCUUUAAACCAGUCGAAAAACAGUGUUUCAAAGUUGGCUACAUCGUGUUCCAAAACUCCUCCAGUGUAGCAGCAGUUAAAUCACACCCACAUGAUGUGCCUUUGGUGGUCUGCACAGAGAAGCAUCCAGUGAGGACAGGCUCGCAGAAAUGGAUUCAGCAGUACACCAGCUCUUUCAUUCAAACGGACAAACUGCAACAAAUCGUCGACUCCUUUAUGGAAGACUACGACAAGCGAAAAGAGGAGGAAGCGGAGAGGCAGAGGAAGGAGGCCGAGCAGCAACAAGAGGAUGAAGAGGGCUGGGUGAAAGUCACAAGAGGACCCAAGGGCACCAAGGCCCGGCCUCACAGUGAGGCAGCCAACAAGAGGACUCUACAGAAGGAGAUCAGGAAGAAGAAGAGGAAGGAGCUCAUGAACUUCUACACCUGGCAGCACAGGAACACACAGAAAGAACAUAUUGCUGAACUAAGGAAAAAGUUUGAAGAGGAUAAACAGAGAAUAGCUCUGCUGAGGGCACAAAGAAAGUUCAAACCUUACUGAGUCAACCACCCUGAUUUUUCUCUCCUCAUUUAACUGCUUUUGUAAGUCUUAACUACAUUAUAACCCUGAGCUUUUUUGUGUUAAUAAACUAUUAUUCUAACAGA